ACGAUAUUUCAGAACACUUCCGAGACGAUAAUUUCACAGAAGGCAAAACUAUUUCGCUAAUACGCUUCCGGGAAAUCUGGGGGCGCUUCUUCUUCUCUUCUCCUUUUCGUCGAAGAGAACGACAUAAACCUGAAUAAUCAUCUGCCGAUCGUUUGGUUGCUGGGCUGAGCGGUUCUUCCAGUUCAAUCGAUGGAGGCCAAGCAGCGUGACCUACAAAUUCAAGCCCCAGGCGAGUCGGAGUCUCCUCCUCUGGAGGAAGCUACGGUUUCGACUUUUUCAACCCGCAGAGAAUCUUCCGGUCGCUGUUCCAAUUCUCAGACGGACUCAGAGGAAUUUUACCAACACAAAGAUCAAAGUGAUUUGUCAGACAAAUUUUGUGACUUGAACCUGCAAUUUGCUAAACCAGAAGAAUGUGAUGCUGAGUUACCUCCAAUUAGGACAGAGGAGAACAAAGAGAACAUGAGUUUUCUGGGGCCAGAAAGUUUUAUGGAGCAAGGGAGUAAACAUGAAGUAUGGGGUGUUGACUUACCUCAACAAGAAAGGAAGGACAAUUACCAAAGGCAUUUCUUGUGCCAAGAAAUGUCUGAACUUGAAGAAGGUGGCAUUGAAUUACCUAGUGUGAGGGAGAAGAAUGAUGAGCAGAGGACUUUACUGAGCCAGCAAAUAGCUACAUGCUCAAAAUAUACUGCAGUUCCUGAACACAAAAAUGGUGGUGGUGAUCAGAAGACUCAAUUUAUCAGCCAAGUAGUGGAUAAAAGUAAUACUGGAGAAAAUGAUAUUGAACUAAAACAAGAAUCAGUGCAAGUGAACACAGAGAGUAGUGGUUUCGUCAUGAACCAACAAAUAGCUAAACAAGAAGCAUUCAGUACCAGCAUAGCACAAUGCAACAGGCAUGAGGGUGGUGAGAAGGGAGAAUCAAAUGGAAGCCAAAAAAAACUUGGAAAAUACUUCUAUUAUGACUUGCCACUUUCUGAAGAAACUGGGGUUUGGAUACCAGUUUCUGUUCCACCUCUGUCAGAGUGUGACCAUGAAGAGUGGGCCAAAGGUUUAAAUCCAAAUGGGGGAUACUUCCCUGAAGUAGACAUGGGUUGGAGUCAAUAUACUGAGGAAGAUAAAGAGUUAACCAUGUGGGAUGUCGUAUCUGAAAUGUUACUAGUAGCUCGGGGAAAAAUGAGAACUUUUGCUUCAGGUGAUAUUAGUAAAAUUUCAUGGAUGUCAAGCCACCUAGUUGAGCAGGCUUGGAAAGAGAUGGCUCAAACUCUAACGGAGGCCAAUUUUAGUCACACACUGGAUAUUCUUGAAGCAGAUCCACCAAAAUGGCUGCCUGAUAGUGCUUCUUCCCAUUGUAUGCUUUGUAGUGUCCGUUUUCACCCUAUUAUGUGCACCCGCCAUCACUGCCGUUUUUGUGGGGGAAUAUAUUGUGGUGAUUGUACUAGAGGAAGGAGUUUAUUGCCAGUAAAGUUUCAUGUUGGGGAUCCUCAACGCGUUUGUGAUGUGUGUUAUGUGCGUCUUGAAUCUGUGCAGCCAUAUUUAAUGGAUCAAGUAAGUCAUGCUGCACAGUUACCAACCCAUGAUGUUACAGACCUCAGCACUUUGAGAUCAUGGUUGAAUUUUCCAUGGGGACAGUCCAUGGAAUAUGAGAUCUAUAAAGCGACAAACACUAUUCGGGGCUAUGUCGAAAAGGUCAGUUCUCUGGGGCCUGAGAAGGCAAUUCCAGAUUCUAUUCUAUGGCAGGCAAAGGGCCUUGCAAUACUUACUGUCAUAAAAGUUGGCACAAUGGUCACCUACAAUACUGGAACAGGAGUGGUUAUUGCUCGUAGGCAAGAUGGUUCGUGGUCUCCACCCUCUGCCAUUUCUUCAUUCGGUGUUGGUUGGGGAGCACAGGUUGGUGGAGAGUUGAUUGACUUUAUUGUCGUUCUGAGGACAAAUGAUGCUAUUGAAACCUUUUGCAGUGAUGUCCACUUCGCAUUUGGAGCUGGUUUGAGUGCCGCUGUUGGCAUUUUUGGACGAGCAGCUGGAGUUGAGAUGCGAGCUGGGGAUGGUGGUUAUGCUGCUACUUAUACAUACAGCUGCAGUAAAGGUGCAUUUGUCGGAUGUUCACUAGAAGGGAGCGUCAUCACCACACGCACGGGAGAGAAUUCCCGAUUCUAUGGCAGCCAAACAAUAAGUGCAUCGGAUAUUAUUCUUGGCUCAUUACCCCGGCCACCUGCGGCUGCCAUUCUCUAUCGCGCGCUUGGGGAUCUAUAUCAGAAACUCGAAAACGUAUGUAAAACCGAAUCAUCCUGCAAUCAAUUUUCAGAAAGUGGGAUUGGAAAACAUGGUGUACGUGAAUGAACUGGCUGGCGCACAAGCCCCCUCUCAAAGUUCAUUUACUGCUAUUCUUUCCUGUCUGUGCAUUGCAUGGCUGGUGUUCAACCAUUUGUAGAGAGUACGACUGUUUAGAAAAAUUGUUUUCCGUGAAGCUUGUAGUAAAGUUGUAACUACUAGUGUAAUUAUAAUCUGUAAUGUGAAUAAUCUAAAGGUCAAAAUGGGUGAAGACAACGAUCCUUUGCAUUUAAUUCUUGUUACCGAACAUCUUGAAAUCCCCACACUUGUAAAUUCAUUUGGUUGGAAAUUUCAUGGCUACUCAAUCAAAUGGUAUUUAUCGAGUUGGAAA